AUGGGUAGAUCUAAGUCGGUUGUAGCGAGAGGAAAGGGGGAGUCGGGUUCCACUCGGGUUAAGUCCCUUAACCCGAUAUAUUCUACUGUGGUGGAUCCGGCGGCUUUUGUUGAACUUGCUGGUUUGCCGCCGUCGGCGGAAGUGAAGAUUCCCGGCUCGGAUGAGGAAGCCUUUGACUGUCCAGAGGGGUAUGUGGUUAUGUAUGAGUAUCCGUUCACAAUUGGCUUCAAAUUUCCUUUCACUCCUCUAGUUAGGUCCUUUAUCGAGGUUUUCCAUUUGAGUCCGGGUCAGUUGAUGCCCCAGAUAUGGCGGGUUUUCACGGUGGUGCAUGGAGUUACUGCGAACUGGCGUACGCCGUUUGACCUGUCUGAUUUGAUGUACUCUUACGACCUAGCACUGCAGAAGUGUUGUAGGUAUACCUUGGUUACGAAGAAGGGGAAGACGAACUUAGGUGUUGGUUUAGGUGUGAACGACAGGGGUUGGCAGAGUCGUUUUGUCUUUGUAGGCAAAGAUUCUCUGGGAGAUAAAGGGCGGUUUCUGGUCGAGGGAUGGACGAUGGAAGCUGUCAAGGCGUCGUCGUUGACUGAGUUGAACGCUGAUUCUGAGGAUAAGUAUCGGAAGUUCUUGGGUUAUUCUGUCGAGGAUAGGUCUUUCAGUCGCGACGGAGAGUUUUUAGACGAGCAGGAGGUGGACCGGUCAGGCGACGUCGCCGAGGAGGAGGAGAUAGACGAGGGAUCAGGUCAACUGACUCGUCGUCGGAAAAGGUUGGAUUUGCUUGAGGAGGUAGUGGCAAACUCGUCGUCCGCCGAAGGUGAAGUAGGUGAUAUGGCUGACAACUCAGAGCAUACUCUUUCGUCUCGGCCUGUGUCGAGGAUGUCUCAGAGCGAGAUUCAGGAGCGUGCAAGGAAGCGACUUAGGUCGUCCUCGACUUCUGGUGGACGAGGUAUGACGGUUGUACCUCGGUUUUCUGCGAUAGGUUCAUCGGCCGAGACGCCUGUCGUCAUAGGAGCCGAAGGCUUUCAUCCGAUUGCUUCGUCGUCGCCUCCACAGCCGUUCAAGGCGUCGUCUGCUGCUGUCGACGUUAGUAAAGUGUCUACUUCGUCGGCCAAGAAGCGACCUGUCGAGACGGAUCCUGUCGAGGAUACGGUUAUCACUUUGCCCCCAAGCUUCUUGGGUGAUGAAGAGGCGUCGGUUAUAUGGCCUUUCGCUGAUCGCUUGAUCUUGCCUACGACGUAUCGACGAUACCACGAGGUGGAUGACUAUCUGGCUAAUGGCGGUACCAUGGCUGACCUGUCGGUGCCCGUGGUGGAUUCGGAGGAGUUGGCGAAGACGGCUGACACUGCUAGUACUGAGGCGACGGAGGUGGAUGCGGCUUUGUUGGUGGUGAGUGCGCCUGUUCCGGACCAAGAGGGGGAGGUUUUAGCUGUUGGGUGCGAAGAGGAGGCCCUUGCCGUCGUUUCUCAAGACGAGACGGUGGACGUGGCGUCGGUGGAGGUGCCAGUCGUGCCCCCAGAGCAAGAGCCGGAGCAGGAAGUCGUGGUCUCUACUCAGGAAGAAGGGAUGUAAUAGUUUGUAGUUUUCGAAUUUUCUGUUGGUUUUUGUGUUUUGUUGGUGAACUUCUUUAC